UUUUCAUUUUUGGCCUUUUCAUUUAGCCAGUAGUGCAUUCUUUCAACUUCUGAAAUUUCGUAAGUCUGAAAACUGUUCUGAACUUCUGAUACAUUUAUGAUCUUGGUGGGCCGAAGAUCUUAACUGAAUCAUAAUCGAAGACCAAUUGAAUAUUUGUUUUGUUUUCCGGACGUUCUGAUCGAUAACAGAACAGCCAAUAAUGGGUGAUCGCUACAACAUUCAUAGUCAACUCGAGCACCUUCAGUCGAAAUACAUCGGAACGGGCCACGCGGACACCAGUAAAUGGGAAUGGCUGCAGAAUCAGCACCGCGAUACCCUGGCCUCCAUAUUGGGCCACUUUGACAUGCUGAAUCACGUGGCCAUCGCUGAGAACGAGAACAGGGCUCGUCUGCGCUUCAACCUCAUCGAGAAGAUGCUGCAGCCCACCGGUCCGCCACCGCAGAAGAAGGAGGAAGCCUGAUUCCAUCUGCGGCCUGAGGUUACCGUAUGCUGUUGAUGCUCCGAAGCGCACUCGAUCUCGAAGGGUUCUGAUGAGUUUGGCUUUGUUGUCUCAUUUGUGACUUGUCUACAGUGAAUAGCUUUCUCAGACCUGGUUUACCAUGAAAAAUGAAGCAGUACGGACGAACUGGAUUGCAAAUUUCAGUUGAACUGCUUUUUAGAUGAAAUCUAAACAGACCAGUUUUGUCCUUGAAGUUCAGUAAAAACAAAAAAAAUUGAUUGUUGCAUUUCGAAUUUCGUCGGCAUAAGCUUCUAAUGCGAAUGCUGUUGGACGCUUGCCUUUAAUGGGGGCAUGUAUAGUUUGUUGUAAAUGAGUCCAAGUCACGUAAAUGGUAUGUACUCUU